GGAUUUCUCUCUUUCACCGUGAACACGCGGCCUCGCGUCCGAAGUGAACGGUCCGCGGGUCAAAAUACUUGUAUUUCACCAGUUGUUGUUCACUUUUGAGUGUCUCGUGUUUUUUUAUAUGUAAAUCCAGUGCCUAUCGUUAGUUAACAGGAUGGCGCGAUACGGGCAAAGACCCGAAAAUGCUCUGAAAAGAGCGAACGAAUUCAUCGAAGUGGGAAAACCGGCACGAGCUUUAGAUACGCUGCAGGAAGUGUUCCGGAACAAAAAAUGGACUUACAGCUGGUCGGAGUCGGUGUUGGAGCCGAUCAUGUUCAAGUACUUGGACCUCUGCGUAGAACUGAAAAAGUCUCACAUUGCAAAGGAGGGUUUAUUUCAGUACAGAAAUAUGUUUCAAUCAGUAAAUGUCGGAAGUUUGGAAAAUGUAAUACGCGGUUACCUCAGAAUGGCAGAGGAAAAGACAGAAGCUGCUCGAAAGCAAAGUCAACAAGCAGUUAUAGAUAUAGAUGAUCUUGACAACUUGGCCACACCAGAGCGCAUACUUUUAUCUGCAGUAAGUGGAGAAGAUGCGCAGGACAGAAGUGACAGGACAAUUCUGACUCCCUGGGUUAAAUUCUUAUGGGAAUCCUACUGUCAGUGUUUGGAAUUGCUGAGAACCAAUGCUCAUGUUGAAACUCUGUAUCAUGACAUUGCCAGGAUGGCGUUCCAGUUCUGUCUAGAAUACAACCGCAAGACCGAGUUCCGUAAGUUAUGUGAAAAGCUGCGUAAACAUCUUGAAGAGAUCUGCAAACUUCCUCUAUUGGUUUCAAAUGUUUCUAUCAACAAAGCUGAGACACAGCAGCUCAAUUUAGAGACUCGACUGAACCAAUUAGAUUCUGCAAUUCAGAUGGAGUUAUGGCAGGAAGCUUAUAAAGCCAUCGAAGAUAUUCAUGGGCUCAUGAAUCUUUCUAAGAAACCCCCAGUGCCCAAGACUAUGGCUAACUACUAUCAAAAAUUGGCUAUGGUAUUCUGGAAAGCGGGUAACUACCUAUUCCAUGCUGCGGCGCUCUUUAAGCUCCUUCAACUUUCCAGGGAGAUGAAGAAAAACAUGUCACUAGAGGAGCAGCAGCGUAUGGCAAACAGAGUUCUUUUGGCUACUCUGUCUAUUCCUCUGCCUUGCGCACAUCCGGAAUUUGACCGGUUCAUUGAGACUGACAAAAGUCCCUUGGAAAAAGCCCAACGCUUGGCUGUUCUUCUUGGUUUAAAUCAGCCUCCAACAAGAAUUUCACUUCUCAAAGACAUUGUACGUUUGAAUGUUGUGAAUUUGGCAUCUCCACACCUCCAGGAUCUAUACUCUUGGCUAGAAGUUGAAUUUCACCCACUGGAAUUAUGUGGCCGUGUCCAAACAGUCAUUCAAAGUCUCCAAGUAGAUGAGAACAGUCCAUUGGUGCAGUAUGUUCCUGCUUUGCAGGACGUUACAUUGGUACGCCUCGUUCGCCAAAUUUCUCAGGUAUAUCAGACGAUCCAAUUUGCACGUCUGCUUGAUCUUGCAAAGUUCACAACAGACUUCCACUUGGAACGUCUUUUGGUCGAUUGCGUAAGGUACAAUGACAUGCAGGUACGAAUCGAUCAUGGCAAGAAAUGCAUACAUUUUGGAGUUGACUUGUCGGAGGCUCAAAGAGAAGAUCAUCCCGAUGGUCCUGUUCUUCAAGCUAUGCCUUCUGAGCAAAUUCGAUGCCAGCUUGUGAACAUGGCAACGGUCCUACACCGUGCAGUGGCAGUCAUCAACCCUAAUAAAAAGAAACUUGAGCGAGAAAAACUUAGGGCUACUUUGGUUGCUCAUUAUCAUGAAACAAAAGUAAAGGAGCACCAGAGAAUCCUGGGCAGGCAAAAGAUUAUUGAGGAAAGAAAAGAGUAUAUCGAACAUGUGAAUACAGUAAGAGAGGAAGAGGAAAUGCGAAGGCAGGAGGAACUCCAACGGCAGCAAAUGCUUGCGGAACAAAAACGUUUAGAACUUGAACGCGAGGAAAGGGAGCGAAAGCGACAGCAGAGUGAGAUUCAGCAGAUAAAAGAUCGCCAUCUUAAAGAAAAGAUCCAGCAAAUUUCUCAGACUAGUCAUGGUCAAAAAGUGCUCAGGAUAUACCAUGCAGAUGAAAUCAAAAAGUUGGAUGCUGAACAAAUUGCUGCUCGUGAAGCUGAAGAGCUUCAAAAAGAAAGAAGAGAAAUGCAGCAGAAGCUCAAGUCUCAGGAAAAGAAGGUGGAUUAUUUAGAACGAGCUAAACGUAUUGAGGAAAUUCCACUCCUGGAAAAAGCAGUUGAGGAAAAGAACGAACUUGCUAAACAACAAUGGGAACAACAAGAAAAAGAGCGCAUUGCCGCCGCUAUUGAGGAAAGACAACAAGCUGUUGCAACGCGAGAACGUAUGCAUAGGAUGAAAGAAGACCAUGAUACGUUCCUUGAAAAAAUCCUUGCCGAACGCAGGAGCAUUUAUCUUGAAAAACUCAAUGACUGGGAGGCUAUGAUUCGUGCGGAAAAAGCUCAACGACUCUUGGAACGAAAGAUUGAUCGCAAAGAAGAGCGCAGGAUUAAAUGGCUCAGAGAGCGUGUUGAGGCAGCUGAAAGAAAACGAAGAGAAGAGCUGCGCCUUAGGGAAGAAGAGGAACGUAAACGACUUGAAAAAGAGAGACUCGAACGUGAGGAGGAAGAGAGAAUUAUACAAGAGGAGCUACUUGCAAAGCUAGAAAAACAGGCUGAAAUGCGUUUGGCAAAAGAGAUGGAAUUCCAAAACACCUUGAGGGAGAAAAUAGCCAGGGAAAAGGUCGAGACUUGGAGACGUGGCGCAGAUAGAGAUGCAACAUCUGAUCGGGAUGCUAAAGAAGUUCCACGUGAUCGUGACACCACAGAACCAGUCCGUUCUAGAGAUGAAGGACCACCACGUCCCUCAGUCGAUAGCUCAUGGCGUCGAGGUGAUACUUCACGGGACGAAGGAUCCCGUGAUGAACCAGAACGCUCAUGGAUCCAGAGGCGCCGUGAGCCUGAAAGUCGUCGUGAUGAUGACCAUGAGGGUUCAUGGAAACGUCGUGAGCCAGAUAGACGCGAUAACCGAGAUGAUGAUGACAGAUCCAAACGUCGUGAUCCUCCGAAGGAUCUCGAAGAUGGUGAUAGAUGGAAAAAGCGAACGGAUGAUCGUGGCGAAAGAUUCGACAGAAGAGAAGGCGGAAGAGGCGGGUUCGAUAGAAGAGAUGAUCGUGGGGGCAUGGAUCGUGAUCGUGAUCGUGAUCGUGGAGGAAUGGAUCGUGAUCGUGGUGGAAUGGAUCGUGAUCGUGAUCGUGAUCGUGAUCGUGAUCGUGAUCGUGAUUACCGUGAGCGUGACCGUGGACAGGGUGGUGGAAGUUCUUGGCGAGAUGCUCCCCGAGAACCUCCAUCUUCUCGAUCCGAUGCACCACGUGGACGAGAUGACCGCGGUGACAAAGAUCGUUUCAUCAAACGUGAUGGACCGCCGAGAUCAUCGAACAAUCUUGAAUGGCGACGUGGUGACCCAUCUCCACGCGAUUCACCGAGAGAAGUGUUAAAAAGAGAUGACAGGCGUGACGAUAGAGAACGCAAGGAUGACAGACCGCCACCUCGUCGUGAAGAACGAAGAGAGCCACCUCCAGCUGAAAACGAGGGCUGGUCCACGGUAAACCGACGUUAAAAUCCUUGGUAUCCACGAAACAUUGGCACAGACAUUCUGUGGAUGUGAUUUAAGGUUACGCGACACAUUGUUAAUCAUAAUAUUAAUUCUCAUCUGUUGAAAAUCGGUGCGCAAACCUACUACUUGCAUUCAAGCCCCUUCCCCUGCAAUUAUAUCAGAACUAGCUUCGCCGUAACCUACUUCUAGUAGUAUCUUUCAAUCAGGAACUCGUUGAUUAUAGAUUAAUAAUUCAGUCUCGUUAAUGGAUGGUCGCAAUAUUUCUUUUCAUUGUAACGACGCGCAAUACUUAGAAUUAGUGAUCGUCAAUAUAUCGGAAUUUAAUUUAACUUCAAUUCGAUUUAAUUGUCACUUGAGUGAACAUCAGCUAACCGAUUUUCAAUCGGUAGACGUAAUGAUCGACUUAUGGCGAACACUUUCCGGUUGAGCUCAGCCAACGAUUGCUGAGUUUGAAAUAAAUAACAAUAGCGAUUAAUUCUCGUGCGUAUUACCAUUGGAUGUAACCUUUGAAAAACAUGUUACUAACAAAUACUGAACGACUGCUGUGAUGAUCUGACUGACAACAACGCAGAAACUCUACCGCAUAAAAUUCAUUCCUUGUAUACAUUCAGUGCUAAAUUUCAACAAUUACGUGUGAAUAAUGGUUGAGAGUCAUCAGUUUUAUCCAGUAGUGUCGUCGAUCAAGUUCAAGUAAUCAGGUAAUUUUGAACCGAUGUGUUAUUGAAAUUUAUGACACGUCCUCUACAUUGGUUAACCAGAAAGUAGAAAUCUUAACAUGCUUUGAAGGGAAGGGUAGAAUUUAGGAGAAAACCAACCAUCCGACUUGUUUUCACAGCCGAUAUGAUUUCUUUAAUCAGCAAUACGUGAAUUACGAUGGUUAUCAAGUUAAAAAGAAAAACAGAUGAGAUGUGCUGCUAUUUCUUAAUGUAUAUCUUUUAUAUUUUUGUCGAUUCUUAUUUUUUCCUUGUUUUAUCAUAAAUCAUCCUCAUGGCUAUCUGAUAUUGAGAUUGGCACAGAAAUUUUUCAAGGCGGAAACAAAUUUGAUGGUUCCUUUCCUGAAAUUCACUCGUAAAGCCGCAGUUCCCUGCUUUAUCCUGCGGCUGGUCGAGAUAUACAUAUUUUUAUCUUAUCUUUAAAGUUAUUUAUCAUGAAAUGUUGAGAAACUUUAUAUAUUCAUGUAUGAACCGUGUUAACGAAUUCGACACUAUUCGGAUACGUGUUGCCGGAAACGUUGACGCAGUCGUAUGUGUUAAUAAAUUUCUCUUGUAAUCUGAA